AUGAAAAGGAAACCGCCUUCCUUAAUAAAGUUUGCGACGACGUUCAAACGAUAUGCAGUUCGAUCAACUGCGAAUCCGGCUAGACAAUACCAGGUACCAGCCCAAUGCUCUUAAAAGCAGCUGAGGGUUUUUUUGUGUGUUGAAUUGCAAAAGAGGAAAGAAAUCAGUAAAUUCACAAUGGCUGAAGUCGCCCCUCGCUAGUACAAAGAAUGAAGACUUUAAUUGCUCGGACCUCGGUAACGCAAAUCGGACUCGUCUCGGACGUUUCUUAGACAUUCUAGUAAACAUUUAAGAAUGCUGAAGUAAUAUUAGAAAUGCUUAGAAACGUCCAGGGCGCGUACGGUUCACGAUACCAGGGUCCAGGCUUGUUCGUCUGACUGAACUGUUUUUUGCGAAGACGCCUACGCAGGCUUGGGCCAGGCCAGGCUUUGAAACAUUUGAAAUUUUAUGAAAAAAAUAUUUUUUUAUCCAAACACAAUUUUUCUCACCGAUAAAAAAAUAACAAGAAACAUGAUUUUGUCGUAAAAAAAGGUAAUGUUCGACUUGAAGAAAACUUGAGCUUUUGUUUUUGCUUUAAGCUUCGCUCAGCCUGGCCCGGUCCGGGUUCAGAGAGCAACUGAGCUGUUAGGCUGCAUUCUUUCGUACUCUACUUUCAUGUGCUCCCACAGCAGUAACAAUCAAUUGAAAGCGUGACCUAGAUUCGAAAGACGCUUCGCGAACGCACGCAGCGGAAAAGCGGAAUGUCGUUCGGUGAAAUUCAAGGUCGUGGAAUACAGGCUAUACAAUUAUUUAAUUUUGAAAAUAAAAACUCUAUAGGGACCCCUAAAUAGGAAACGUGUUUUGCUUGAGAGAAAUUUGUUUUUUUUGUUCUGCAAUCCGGAGGUCCUAAAAUACACUUCAGCAAAGUUUUCAUAUAAAUUCAACCGGGGAGCACCCUAUGAUAAAUCUCCUGUCAAUUUACGUAAGGCAAGCCGUACGAAUACCGGAGGCGCUGGGCCACAACGGAAAUAGGUGGAUCUAGAAGGGAUCUUCCAAGGCCUCCAAGGUUGCCCCUAUAGGGAACAUUCUGGAGCUCCUAAGGAGUGAUGAAAAUUGAGAUGAUUUCUUUCCUCUAAAAUGAACUCUGAACCAGAGAAAUUUUCGGGAUCCAAGUUUUGAAUAGUUUUUUUAAAGAAAUCUUUUUCAAAAAAACAUUUCAAUUUAAAAUUUCAUAACUUUCGCAAAAAGUUGAAUAAAAUCAAGCCUUUUCUUCCUGAAACACAGUGUAUUUUUCUUGUCUUUUUUUAGAAGUGGGAUCCGGAAGGAUUCGAUUAUUCUUCGCGGAGGUUUUUUUAAAAAUGUUUCAAUCGAACAGAUUUUUUUUAGAAAACCCAAACCCUCAUUCAGAGAAACAUUAACUGAAGUUCAACUCAAUAAAAACAGAACAUUCGGAGGUGCAAAUGACAUUCAGAAAAGAGUAGUGAAUGGGGCCAAACGGUUGGCAAAUUGAUCGCCGCUCGAGAUAUUUUCGAUUUCUCCGUCUGAAUUCUCCACCCGUUUCUCGUGUGUGACGUCUUCAGGGCCGGUCGCUAUCAUCGCCUAUCAAUCCUCCAGCUGCUGACCGUUCAUGGCUGUCGUCGGCUUGACUUGAUUUCAUUUCGAUACCAUCUUAAAUCUACUACUACUACGCCAAAUCAGCCAUUUUCCAUGUGAUGAACGUUUAUUUCUUCACUUUUGUUGUUUCGUUGGUGUCGUCUGGUUGUGAAGCUGCAACGGUUUUUUCUUCAUCACUGAAGACGUGCCAAGCGCAGUGCAAUGAUAGAAAUUUGGUGAUUUAAGUUUAUUUUUUUCAAAUUACUGUGACCUUUUGUCUGCAAAGUAGCGUCUCGGUGCUUGCUCUUACGAGAUUAAUGCCGUGUUCAAAGUGAUUCCGCGAAAUUCAAAAUAGCCGUCAGAGAAAGAGAAAGAUAACUGAAUUUUGGAGGGUCAGAGACCAUUUCGCAUUUCGCGGAAAUUACUUUGAACACGGCAUAAGCGAAUUUCUCGUACUUUUCGUUUAUUUUUUUUCCAAGGAAAAACAUAUUCUAGGCCGCAAUGAAGAUUUUCAAUAAUUUUUUUAAAGCGUGCUCCCAAAAAUUUGUUUUUAAAAAAACCAUUUUUUUAGGGUUUGGUUUUUUUAAAUAUUCGUCACAUCAUUAUUUUUUUAUUCUUUAAAGGUUUUUCUAUUUGCAACAGUUUUUCCAUCAAAAAGGACAAAAAAAAAAUCGAAGAAAUGUGAUUGGUUAAAAGUCUAUUAGGCUCAAUUUUUUUCUGCCACGCUUUAGAACCAUUUUUCGAAAAUUCCUAGUACAAAUUUAGUUUCAUGGCUUUGUAGGCUGUUUUUUGAACGUUUUAGUGUUUGUGAAUGAUUUAGAAGUUUUUUUUCAAGGACCCGUUCAAAGUAAUUGCGCAAUAAAGUUAAUUCGUAGCAGUUAAUGUUUCUUUGAAGCGUGUUUCACCAUUUUUUUUUUCUGGCUUCGUCAACUUUUUCAAAUUCUAAAAAGCUUUGGAUGUUAAUUGGUUAUUUAAGACGUUGAUUAUUUUGUACUUUUUUCAAAAGUAUAUUCUCAACUUUGAAACUCGCAGUGGGACUUAAAAUAUUCAUAAAAAGGUCUGUCGUCUGGAGAGCUUUAUGAACUUUAUUCAAGCCUUUCUUCAAGAAUACCCAAAAAAAGAAUAACAUUGGAAAUUCUAAGGUUUCAGGCUUACCCUCUGCAACGGUCAGAAAUAUCCUGGUCAGCCUUAUCAAAUUGUACCGACGAAAGAUGUUUAACUUCAGUAAUUUCAAAGCAAAGUCUAUAUGAAUUCAUGAAUUAAUAUUUAGUGCAAGCAAGGCUGUGCAGAUCUUGACGAACGAGAGUCUCAUUGUGCCGAAAAAUGUGUGGAAGGAGAAGUUGUGUCUCUCUCGUGCCAUCAAGGAUGUCACGCCGUUCUCCAGUACUUUUUGUCGCAGGCUCAAGGUAGAGAAAGAAAGAAAAACACAAGAUCCACACGGAAAACGGUUUCAAGAGAGGUUUUCAAAUCCAUUUUUGUUGCCCUUUGAAAGACGCAACUCUUUGAGCCUUUCUUUUAGCUAUUCAAUGAGAAAAAUGCAAAAAAACCUACAAAAUGAUAAUAUUUACAGCCGUUUUCAUGCAAGCCCGCAUAAAUAUGGAGAUUGUCGAGGAGAAAAUGAAGCUCAAAUGGGAAUUCCCCGAAACCGUCCAACAAGACCUACAAGAGGUAUUCAUUUUUUUUUCAAAUUUCAGUAGAAAUCAAUAUUUUUCCAGAUAGCGACCGCGGACGUUUUUUGGUUCGCUCAGACUCGACCUUUACAUGGGAAACUUGGAUGGCGAUGGAGUUCUCUACCGGCCGGGGUUUGUUUCAGAAAAUAUUUUGAAUGAAAUACAUUUUUAAAUUGAUUUUAAGUCGUUUCGAAACGGGUCUCUGUCUUCAGAAAUUUCUAUCGCUUUCGAAAAGGCUUCCAAUGUUGAGGUCAGUUUUUAUUUUUCUUUUUUUCUGACUUUAUCAUCUUUUUUUUUCAUCAAGAUUGGCCUUUUUUUGUUUUUUUCGUAAUAUUAUUAAAUGCUGCUUAAAAAUUCUCAGUCGAUUAUUCUGGAUUUAGUUUGUGUAUCAGAUUCCUGUGGAGCUUUUUUUGAAAACAUUCUAAUUUUUAUAGUCCUAAUUAUUUUUCCGAAGAAAGUUCAGCUCUUCUGUUAUUUUCCUUUCAAUAGCAACAGGUACAAGAAAACUGAACCGAUUCCGAGGUAACAAUCAACUUGAAAAAAAUCAUUUUGAUGCGAAAUUUCCCUUGAAAGUCGCAAUAACCUUUUCUUGCGAAUUUUUUGGGUCAUAGAACGAGCUCUUUAUUUUUUCUUUCAGUGAGGUUAUUGAUUUCGUCCCUCUGGAACUACUAUUUGCUCUUUUUUUUUAAAAUCUGAAAAAAUGCCUGCGCUGACGCUAUCUGUCCGAGGCUCUCCAAAACUCACCAAAUUUUGUAUUUUGGGCUCAGCGUGUAAAAAGCCGGAGUGAGAUCCAGCCGACGUAUGAUUCCAGGUGAGAUUGGCCCUUUCGUAUCGGAACGAAGUCCUGGUCACCCGGUCGACGACCUACCAAAUGCCGCCAAGUGCCAUGAGUUCUUUUGUCGAAAUCGUCGGCCAACUUCAGCUUUCCGAAGAGAAACUCGCCGUUUGUUACAAAUCAAAUCAACCGAUGGUCCGGAUUUUCGAUUCCAAGUCUUGAAAACUGAAUAUUUUCAGCAAAAGUUUCGUCUUUCCUUGGUAACUUUGGAUGGGAAUGCCUUGACAGCCGAGGAGACCGUUUCCAAGUUAGUUUUUGAUGAAUGAAAAAAGUUCGCUUCCAUAAAAAAAAAUUCGUGGAUAUCUCAUUAAUUAGAUUUUGAGCAGUUGCGAGAGGUUUUUCAAAGUUCAAAUCGGAUAUGAUCAACUGAAAAAUAAGAGCUUUACCAAGGUCAGAAAUGGAGGAAAAAGAGUUUUUUAAAAAGAGCAAGGUUUAGUUUUCAAAAAUUGGAAAUACGUGAAAAAAUCUGGUGCGACAGACUUACCCUAGGAUCGCUGCUCGAAUUGAUAAAAAAUUCCAGGAUUUUGAAUUUUCGUAAUAGUUCCAAUUUUAAAGAAUAAAAAAAUCGCUCAAAUGGUUUUUAAUAUGAAAAUUUGUUCUAACACUACUGUUUCUCCAAUUUCGAAAUUUAAAUAUAUUUAAAUAACUUUUGAUGUUCAUUCCACAAUUUCAUUGUACCCAAUCAACGUUCGAGUUACCCACCGAAACUAAAAAAAAACUAGUCGUUUCUCAGUAAAACGACAAAUUUUGGGUGCCACAUGUUCUCAAACUUGCCCAAGGAGAACUGUUGCGGAGUUACGGUACACGCUGUGGAUGACUCUGGAGCAUUGACUUCCGAGGCGAGCACUAAAUUGUCCUAUUUUUCCAAUGCAGGUAGAUUUUUUUAUGUGUAUAAUCUGCACGAAAACCUCAUUUUUGGUUAAUAAAGGCGUGUAAAGAUCACGAAUCGAACACCCAUUUUUGUUUUAUUUUUAGUCCUACAUGACUUCUGCGCCUUUUAAAACCGAAGGGGGUUUUCGAAAACGAGUCGUAAUUUUAAAUUAGACAAUACACUGCUCCACAUAAUUAUAUAUCCACCUGAGAUUUUCCGAAAAAUCGAAUAUUUUGAGAGUUUCUGAAAAUCUUUUUGUUGUCAAAAGAUGGGAAUUUUGAUCAGAUUAAUAUAGCAAUCAACAAAGUUCCUAUUGAAAAAAAUAAAUGUUUCAAAAAAAUUUCAAUUUUUUUCAAAAAAACCGAUAUUUCCGUUCCACAUAAUUAUAUAUCCACCUAAGACAUUAAACUUUUUGGACCAAUUUUUUCCGGUUUUUUGUAUCAGUUACUAUUUUAUCACCAUUUUUGUUCAAAAAUAAGAAAAAUAAGAGCAAAAAGGUUUUCCGAAAAGUUGAGGAACCUUGGAUUUGAUCAGAAAACGGUCGCAGUGCUGUUUUUGUACUCCAGCUCCACAGUCAUCAAUGUGAGGUUGAAUUUUUCAUAAUCAGGGUUAACUCAGAAGUUUUGAAAAAAAGUUUAUCACAAAAAAAUAUUCUUAAAUGGACGUCAAACUUUCAUAAAUUUUAUAGGAAAACUCCCUCUUUUCAAUGCAAAGAAAUAUUUUACUGAAGUUUUUUGAACUUAAAUUGUUGCUCACAAGUACAAAGGUACUUAUGAAAUCAAAAUACUCACAUCAUAAUCGAUUCAAGAGAAGCUGAUGUAAUUAACAGCACCGCGACCGUUUUUCUGAUCAAAUCCAAGGUUUCUCAACUUUUUGGAAAACCUUUUUGCUCUUAUUCUUCUUAUUUUCAAACAAACAUUUUGAGAAAAUAAUAACAGAUACGAAAAACCGGAAAAAAAUGGUCCAAAAAGUUCAAUGUCUUAGGUGGAUAUAUAAUUAUGUGGAACGGAAAUUCCGGUUUUUUUGAAAAAAAUUGAAAUUUUUUUGAAACCUUUUUCAAUAGGAACUUUGUUGAUAGCUAUAUUAAUCUGAUCAAAAUUCCCAUCUUUUGACAACAAAAAGAUUUUCAGAAACUCUAAAAAUAUUCGAUUUUUCGGAAAAUCUCAGGUGGAUAUAUAAUUAUGUGGAGCAGUGUAUUUUACAGUUGAGACCCAACUUACUGACGUCACCAAUCAGCUCGUCCUUAGCAAUGGGUCGCACUUGAUCUCAGCCGCUUUCGAUGAAUAUUUACUCUCUGAAGCGCCAAAUUUUUCCGAUUUUCAAGUCCCCGCUGGUGAUUCCGUUUCAGGUUCUCGAAAAACAUUAUGAAAAUAAAAGAAUUUGAAGCUCUACUCGGCCUUUCCGAAUCAUCCUUGUUGGUGGGAUCAUCGAAAGGUGGUCUUUGGAUGGUUCAAGCCAAUUCGAAUGAAACUUCCCUUGAAAAUUCUCCGAUCUCUAUCGAGCUCAAGGCGCCGGCUGAAGAUGCUUUUCGAAUAACCCAAAUCGAAUUAGGUAAGAAAAAUGAUCAAAACAAAAAACGGACUUGAAUGAUUUUUAUUCCUGUAUCUUGACUUUUAUGAACGGGAGAUUUUCACAGCUCUUGGAAGAUUGAGCUCGGUUUGAAAAUUUUUAUUUGAUCUUCUCGUGAAUUUUCUUUUGAUUAGGCAACUUUCAAAUUUUAAUCUUUGCCGAUAGUUUCGAUUCAAGUUUAGCCAUGUCCCCGAAAGAAUUAAAAAUCAGCUAUCAAUUUGAAAAAAUACUGAAAUUUAGUUGAAAAUUUGGGAGCUUUUUUUGAGAUAUGAGAGUUCCAAGGAAAGGUUUUUAAAUUUUCUUUAUGUUUAGAAAAAAAAUAGUUUAAAAGUCGUUUUUAAACAAGAUUUUUAGAAAAAUGAAUAGCCUUUUUCUGAAUUUUCUAGUUGAUUACCAGUGAAACAUGAAAAGAAAUGUCCUCUGAUUUGAUAAUUUCCAGAUCGAGUUCAAAAGGAAAUAUACUUCGUUCUGGCCAAAAAAGGAUUCAGUCGGUGAAUUUUCAAUUUUUGUUGGAUUCUGAAAUUUCUUUUGGAUUCCAGAUGCUCAUUUGGAGUUACUGAAAUCACGAAUUGCAUCACUAUUUUGAACAGUGACCCGAUCAAUCCAGUAGUUCAGAUUGCUGUUGACGCGACUAAUGGGUUUUCCUUAUAUUUUCUUGAAUUUAAAUCAGUUUCUCAUUGAAGAUUUGUCUACACCCUGAACGGAAAUGAAAAUGUUCAUCAGAUCGAAAUGUUCGCCUUGAAUGUGACCGGAGAGCAGAUGAUCAGCGGGGCCAGAAUUUUGACAGGUGAUUUUUGAAAUUAAAAAAAAAAUUGGGUUGAAUUUCAUAAAAUUUCAUUAAAAAAAAUUUAAGCUUCACGAAAUUUUUGAAAUUUUGUUAUACUUUUUUUUGAACCGGCAUUCGGUUUUUCAAGGUUUUAUUAUGAGAAAAAGUUUCCUUGGGGUCUUUAAACUUUCGACUCUUUUUUUCAAUUUUUUUGAAUUUUUUUAACGAUUUUUUUGGUAUUUUAAGUUUGUGAAAUAGUUUUUUUCCAGUACGCGAUUCAACUUAAAAUAUUAGGAUUACAUUUAGAAAAAAAAUAAUAUAUUUCAGACCUCUCCCCAUCCAAGGCGAUUUUUUUCGAUGAUGAUGGUUUUAAUCUUCUUUCUGCGCUCAAAAAUGGUGCUUUACCUUUUUUUUUUUUCACGAAUUUUAAGAAGUUUUCUGAAGGUAGCAUCGUUGGAUUGAAUGUCGUGACGGACAAGGUUUCGAUGGUUCGUUCUGAAGGAUUUGGUGACGUCACUCAAAUUCAUAUGAUUAAAAAAAAUCGUGUCUUCUGGAAACAGGGAAAAGUGUGGCGAGGCGCCGAUUGAUGAGGUGGUUUUUUGAGAAAAAAAUUCCAGGGUUUUUUUGAAAAUUCAGAAGAAAAAAAAUACUUUCUAUUGCCCUCAAAUUGACCUUUUUUUCGCAUUUUUUUACCUAUUUUUGGAUUAAAGUUUAUUCUCUUGAAAAUUUUUCCCUCAAGUAUCAAUGAUUCAGAUCUGUUUCUACUCUGAAAACACCCAACAAGGCGACAGUAUCAAAAGCCGGUGAGUUUCCUAUUUUUCUCGGAAAGAAGUUGAUUUUUUCUUUCAGAUACUUGUACCCAAGUGCCCUGACCGCCUUCGGAUUCGUUGAGAACAAGAAUCUGAAACCGCGAAUGAUGGCGGUUGACGCGAUCGGUCUGACUGUGUCGGACAAGUCGGCCAGAGUCACUUGGACCAACGCCAAAAAUAUGCCUUUUCAAGGUUUUCUUCAUUUUUUUUUUGGUGUAGGCACUCAAGGAAAAAGUUUUUUGAUGUCAUUUUCAUUACAUAUUUUUUAAAAGCUUGUCAUGAUUUUUUUUUUUCUCCUCUCAUGGAAGGUCAUUUCACUUUGGGUAUGAGAAUUUUCUGAAAGUCGUCCAUAACACUCCUUGAUGUACCAUAUAAAGUUCCUAAAAGGAACUUUGAGCCCAUUUCUCGAAAACCAGGAAUGCGGACAGGUUGAGACUUCCGGAACCUUUUUUUGGUACAUCCAAUAGUGCCCCGACCAAUUUUCAGGAGACUCCUGAUCGUAAAUUGAAUGACCUCCCCUGUCUGUAUGCUACGUCCUUCAACGAAAAGAGAGGAUCAAAGCCCGAAAUUCUAAAAAAAAAAAAGAUUUUUGAAGCGUAAAAAAAGUAUUCAAAAAAAAAGAUUUUUAUUUUUUUUUAUACGUUUUACCGUUCAACUCAAUUUUUUCAAAAAAGUUGGCUCAAAGUUGACAUCGAUUUUCCCGGCAAAACCGCCUCGCGUACGCAACGCGUCACCCUUGCUCCUUACCCAUUUCGUGUUUCAAGUCGGAGAGGAUUGACUAUACCACUGAUUGCGAUUGAACUCUUCAGGAAAACCAUGGCGAAAGCACGUCUACGAGUUGACAGUGACGACUUCUGAACUUCCAGACGCUCCCACGACGAAAACUUCCACCGAGGAAACAGAUAUUGUGAGAAAAUAGCGUUCAUAAAAGUGGAUAUAGCUUAUUCAUAGCUGAAAAAUCCUACAAACAUCUCGAAAGGAUAAAAAAUAGCGUGUGUGUGGUAGAAAUGGAGAUAGAGCCACAUGUUUUGUGUCUUUUAAGAAAAAGUCGGCCGGGAACGGCCUAUUUUCCACAUAUUUUUCAAAAGUAUACACAAGUUUGAGAGAUUUUCCAUUUCCAGACGGUUUUAGUAGUGCCAAACGCCGAUUACAAAGCCCAAGUCAAAGUCUGUUCCUGCGGAUUUUGUUCAACUCCUACGGAAACUACAAAUACGGCUUUUGUUGAUCUGAAUAAUGGUUUGGUUGUAGCGAAAUUCUCGAAUUAAAAAAUUUCCAGAACUACCGUAUGUUUUCGUGAAGUCCCACAGUGACGACGCUCUGAACAUGCUUGGUUUCAAGACUUCCGUUGACGAUUCAGGUUAAUUUCUUAUUAAAUGUAUUGAAAAUUAUUCUUGCAUUCUUCUCGAAGUCUGGGGGAAAAAAGGAGACUAAAUUGUUGGAAAUAUCGCAAAUUUCUAUCAAAUAUCGCAAACUUUAGGUUCUUCUCUAAGUAGUCCUUGAGUAACCUCUUAAGUGGCCGGUAAAAGUAAAUUUAUUGUUUUGAAGUAUUUUUUCGCGUCAUUUUCCGCUGAAAAUCUUGAAAAAUUCUUCCUGAGACUUUACGAGGGACAGUAGCCUGUAGUACCAAAGUAGAAAAAGUGAAAAAGAUUCUUCGCCUCGAGACCAAUAAGAUGUUUGCUAUGCGCCUUUAAACAAAGCAAAUUUCAAAAAUCAUCUAUUCAGUUAUCACUAUCAAAAAACUAACGGGCCUCCUGGCGUUUGACAACUCGACAAAAAUGAUCUACACGGCCGGAGAGAGCUCGGUAGGUCCGUUGGAAUCCAAGAAUCCUCUUUAAUUUUGUUUCUUGAUCAGAUUGGAAUCUAUCGUCGCGAUAUCGCCGAAGGGUCCGAGUUGAAGCCGUUUCUGGAAGGAGUCCCCGUGGAUUUCCUCUCGAUUUUGCCGUCUCAGGCCAUGUUGAUCAUGGGAUCUUCUUAUCGGAUCGUCGCAUACAGACUCACGGGGACUUUCGAAUAUGAGUGGGUGGAAAAAUAAAGGAUUUUUCAUUUUCAUAGGCUAGUUGUUGUUUUCAUAAGGUUUAUUUCGCAACAUCUUGCUUUUCAUAGUUCUGAAAGACCGAUAGGAUUAGAAGAAUAACUUCCUUUUUACCGUUUCAAUUAAUAAGAACGUCUUCAGCGAUUUUUUUGACAUUUAGAUAAUUUUUUUAUUCCUGCAAGUCGUUGACCUGAAAAAUUUUUUCCCUGGAAUUUGCUUUUUUGCAACCACUUCUUUUCCAUAUAAUGAUUCAUUCUAUACCGCUGAUAGUUCAAAAAUAACUUAUGAAUCAUUUUUUUUUUUUCCAAAAAUAGUUUUCACUUCUCUUUCUUCAUGCUGAGUCAUUAUUAGCUUUACCGUAACCUCUACAGAAUUAGAAAUGAUAGAUUGACAUUUUUAAACCAAAACUGAAGUUCAAUAUUUCCGCUCUUUCUUUGGUUCGUUGCCUUCUCAAAAUAAUGAUUCAUCAGAUAAAUCGCUAUAGGCUUCGUAUAUGAAAUGUUCGAACCAAAAUCAAGGCGGAAAUUAGAAAAAAAUAUAUUUUUAGAAAUAUAUUUUUAAUUCAUCCAAGUUUUGAAAAUGGUACAAAGAAAUUGAUUAAAAAAAUUUUGCUUGCUUAUUUUUGAAUUUUUUUCCGUUUCAUUGAAACCCUUCCAACAUAAUGAUUCAUAAAAACAAAGAAACCUAAAUUGUUUUUUAUUUUAAGAGGGAAGCAAAACGGCGUCUCUAAAGAGAUUCAGAAAUUAAGGAAAUAGGAAAAAUAAGCUUUUACUAGAAACGCAAGGGGCGAAUGAUGUUCGAAAAAAAAAAUUUUUUUUUUAAUUUUUUUGAUCAGUUUGUCGUUCAAGAAAUGAGAAACUUUCUUUAAAAGUUUGUGAGGACUAAAAAAAAUCAAGUACUACGAAAAUCCAAAUUCAGCUCUCUUAGACGAUUUCAAACGACGGGAACUUGGUUUCCAGCACUUUUAUCUUGAUAAAUCCAUGAGAAAAUCAGUUUUCCAGGUACUAUUCUUGCGUCGAGCCCUUGGAAGACUGCGCUGAAGUCAUUGGACUAUCAGCUAUCGAUUCUACGGGAGAAGUACAAAAAGAUCAUUGAACUUCAUUGGAAAUAUGAUAUUAUUCAGCUUUUCUUCCUUACCCAGGCGAGAAAUGGAACCAUUUUCUUAUGGGAAUCCAAUCAGGCAAAUCGUUCACCGCAGCUUAUUUCCUCUUCUGAUCAACUUCCAGCGUAAUUUUGAACAUGAUUAGUUAAUUCACCGCUGAGUUGAAGGGAAAUUUGGAGAGCUUGAUUUUAAAGAAUAACAUUUUGAUAGGCUCAACGUGAAAUUCAGCGAAAAAAAGGCUGUCGGAUUUAAUUUAGGCUUGGAUUUUCCCAAAAGUUAUAGAAGACUUAUUGAGUAUUAACUGAAGAUUCACAAAGCUUCAACCUUCAGAAUUUAUUAUUUUUCGAGGGGUAGCCUUUCGAACACGAAGAAAUUCCUCAGAAGAGGCCUCAUCAAGGCUUCGAGCCUUUGUUUCUCGAAAAGUAUCAAACAUUAAAAAGCUUGAGAAUUUCUUGAAUUUAUCUGAUAAACCAAAGAAGACUCUUGUCAACUUUCAGAGGAUUCCAAUUAAAAAUUUUUUUUUAUCAUUCUUUAAAAGAUCAGCUCAAUUUUUGGGCGUUUUCAUCAAUUCUCAGUCCAUUUUUUCCUUUUUAUUUCUCUUCAAUGUUCUUUUCAGCUGAUGUAGAAGUUUUUUUUAUGUCUAAACACAGCGGUGAAUCAACUAAACUACCGAAAAAAAUUGAAAAAUCGGUGAGGAUUUUUUUUCAGAGUGAAACAGUUUUUGAUGUCAUUUGAUAAAGUGAUAUUCGUGACGAAAAGUGGCUCCAUGGUCCAAACCGAUCGAAAUUUGCGGCCAAUCAACGUGAUCUACUCGUCAGAUCGUGUCGACGCCAUCGUGUCCAUUUUAUCGUCUCCAAUAUCUCAUUUGUUCAAGUUUAAUGGUGAUUAUCGAUUGGAAAGUUCAAAAAAGAUAAAGUGAAGAAAAGAAAAUUUUUUUUUAUCAUUCCUUAAAAGAUCAGCUCAAUUUUUGGGCGUUUUCAUCAAAAGUUUUUCAAAUACGUAGUUUCUGAUAUUUGCUUUUUUUUUCUCUAUCUUUUUACGAUUUUUUUUUUCAACGACGGCUUGAAAUUUAACAUAUUGGAGAACGAAAGUAGAUCAUUUCUAUUCUGAUCAUCAUUUAUCCGUUUCAGGAGAGAUCCGAACCACCGACUCGGAUAAAAGCCAGUUGAUAUGGAGUGUGGAGCCGGAGCAGCCGCCAGGACGUAUUUUGUAUAAAGUUUGAAAUUAAGAACCAAUAUCAAUUCUGGAUCGAUAUUUUUUCACUUCAGCUGAGCAUUUUCCGCGACAAAAUGGGCCUCGAAGCGCCGUUGACCAGCGUCCAAACGGAAAAUGUUUAUACGAUUCCAGCAGAGAUUUUGGCUUCGUGGAGCAGUGCACAGAGAUUCGAUGUUUCGAUACAAGGUUUUUUGGAAAGUUUGAAAAAAUUUUUAUAUAACAAUGAAAUUGAAGUUUGGCAACCUAAAGAUGUUGAGUGACCUUGAAAAUCUAUUAACUUUUUUGUUUCAUGAACCACUGGAAAUUAUUUCCGAUUUCUUUCGAAAGUUCAUGACUGUUGUGCCACAACUUGAAAUUUCACGGAACGACAUUCCGAUGUUCCGCUGCGUGCGUUCGCGAAGCGUUUUUCGAAUCUAGGUCACGCUUCCAAUUGAUUGUUACUGCUGUGGGAGCACAUGAAAGUAGAGUACCUUAAUAAAAUUAAAAUUAAAAUUAAAAGGGCGACCAAGUUUCGCAAAGGCGCGCAGAAAUUUCAAGUCGUGGCACACAGACCAUACUUUUUUUGAGCAAUUUCCCCUUGGAUGUCUGUCAUGCAAAAUCGAACCGGCCUUGUGGCCCCGAUCAAGCCGCCGACUCAACCAACUGAUACUCGGAUUUAUGCUACUCAACAGGUUUCCCUCCUUCUAUUAGCAUAUGUCAAUAAUUAAGAAGAAUAAAUCAAAUCUUUUUUUUUCGAUCCUCAUGGAAGAUUUUAUUACAGUUUUCUUUAGAUUUCCCCAAUACUCAAAACGCCACACUUUUAAAAGUUUUAUUUUCAUGUAUGAUAAAGAUUAAGCUGUUUAGAAAACUGUCGACGGACCACGAGCCCUUAUUUCGUACUUUUGGACGCCGCCAAAGGAGUGGAACGGUAGCCCGUAUCAGUACAUUGUCAACUGCACAAAGGUUCAUUUUUUUAGAGUCCAGCUAAAAUUGAUAAAGUUUUUGACGCAAACUUCUGGCUCUUUCUGAACAGUUCAUUGUGCUUGAAACGAUAAAGCCGUCAAAAAAAUGUUUCUUCGUAUUAGUUUAUAUAAAUAUUUUACUUCAAAAACUCCGUUGUCUAGCAAAGGAUACCAAAAAAAUAAUAGAAAAUGUUUUGGACUUGCAAAAUUAUAUCCUUUGAAUAAAAAAAGUCCUUCUAUUUGAAGUUUUUCUGGACAAAUUUACAAAAAAAUUGAAAAAAAAUUUUCAGGACGACGCCACAACGAAUGGCGGCGCACUGAGCAGCUCCAUAAUGCACUAUUCGUUUACGGUGAAAAGCGGGAAAGUUCAGUGCCAAGUGGCCGCUUCAAAUGAACCCGGAAAUGUUGGAAUGUUCUCGGAGGCGCUGGUUAUUGAUAGCAGUGGUGGGAGUUCAGAAAAUAUUGAAAUUAUAGCAAAAAGGCUUUUAAAAUGUUUGAAAGGCAGCUCAAAGUUUAGAAAAAAAGUUCAAAACUUAUCGUAUAGCUGAUUAGAAACCUUGUUCAAAGAAAUUUCCACGAAUUCAAGAUUCUCUCUCUCUCCAAAAUCUAGUUAUCCUUUUCACUCUCUGAUGGCCUUUUUAAUUUUGCAGGAUAACUUUGAGCAUUAUUUCGAAUAGUUUCGACGAUUUCAAUCAAUCAAUCAAAUCAUUUAUUUUGUUGUUUUAGUCUGAUGUAAUCGACUAGGCGGUGAACAAGAACUUUCAAAGCUAUAACGAACAACCGCCUUUGGUGAACUAGAAGUCCAAACGUGUAGUCGAAAGAGUUGAAAGCAUGGUCUUACGGUCCUUCGCCUCGUCCUCCCCUUCUGCGCGUAGUCCAUCCAGUUGCGCCUUGACGAGCUCAGAAUGUAGUGGAUGUUGAGCUGGAGCCCGGAGACCGUGCUCUAGGUGGAAGCCUCAGAAUGAGAGCGACCACUUCGAGUGAAGAUUUUACACGGAAUUUCUAUGGCCAAUACUUGAGAAAAGUUCAUUUUCUCACGCCAGAGGACUUGUUUAUUCCUUUUGAUUGCGAUUCAAAAUGAGUUACCUGCAUUUUUAUUUUCAGUCUAAAAUCGAAAUUUUCUUUUGAUGUUCAGAACUGAAGCCGUUGGUCAAACUUUUCGCGAUUGAUUCCACAAACUCCCUACUCGCCAUCACGAACAUCACUCGUGACGACACGCAUCGAGAAAAACGCCAAGUUGUCCAGGAACCAAAAGUAAGUCCGAAUUCAGAUAUAUUUUUCACCAAAAUACAACCUUUUCAAAACCAAUCUCAUGUCGUGUUCAAAGUGAUUUCUUUUAAUACAAAGUAAUCGUUAGAGAGUGAAAAAUAAAAUUACAUUCGAAAGUUCAUAGAAAGUUUCGAUUCCCAAGAAGCUACUUUGAACACCGCAACUCUAAAUUCUGAGAAGUUUCGCGGAAAAAUUACCAAAACAUCUCGGAAACUGUGAGUGAAAUGAGAGAUCCAUGAUAUCCUGAAGAGACAUCAGAGAAAAAGAAACUUCUUCCUUUCUCUGUCGUCUCUUCAUGCCGUCGCUAACCUUUAGAUUUCGCAUUUUUUAGACUCGAAGAGUGGUAAAAAAAAAAUUGAAAAUAACGUUUUUAGAUGGAAUACCAAGCGAUCGCCUUUAUCGGAGAAGAUUUAUUCGCAGUAAGAAAAGAAACGGAUUCGGUACAACCGUUACUCGUCCAAAUCGACACCAACAACAUUGAAAAUAUCGUUCACAAGGUCCUGGAUCUGUUUUAUUUUUUCAGGGAUCAAAUCUCCAUUUCUCGAUAAGCUCUUGAGAAAGUUAAUCUUCCAACCACAUUUUUUUCCACUUAUUCUCUCCUGCCUACCCACUUUUUUGUUCAUUUUUUCAAUUUUCCGAUUUCUCCACCAUUCAGUAAACUUCAGCUCUCCAUCGGCGGCGACGUCACGAAGAUUGAAGCGAUGACGUCAGAUUGGGUCGGAAAUAGGCUGUUGUUCGUCUCGGGAUCAGCUCUUUAUCAAUUGUCACUGGAGCCUUUCUUGUCAACGUCACUUUUGACUCCGUACCAACUGAUGAACUUGUCUUCUGGCGCUACCGAGGCCAAGCAGCUCACUUUUGAUCCGUUUAAGAAGUUGGUAACUAAAAAUCGUUUUCGAAUCGCGACUUUUUGCUUUGUAAUGGCUUCAUAAUAGGCUUUGUUUGCACUUUUUGAGUAUAUUUUAGAGCCUUCAAAGAAAACUUUUUACACAUCACUAGCUUAUUUUUCAUUAAAAAAAGGAUUAAUUCGAUUAAAUUCCAAAAUAUCAAAAAAACUAAGGCUGUCACCAAAAGGAAUAAGGGUCUUUGAAAUGUCUGAGAAUUUUUACAAGUCUCCUUUACUACUGUUAAAAUUUAUCAAAUUUCUCUCAGAAUUUUCAAUAAUUUUUCAGUACCGCUUUCUUGCUGACACGAAACGGAUCAUUAUUCUCCCUGAAUCUCAACACGAACGUUGAAACGAAUCUGGCGCUUACGGUAGAAUGUCUCGCGAGUCAGACGAUCACUUGGAUGAUGGCUGGUCUGUACUGGACAGAGAAAAGUAGAUGAUAAUUGAAGUUUCAGAGUUUACUUGGAACCGAGCUUCAUCGCCGAAAUUAUACGCCUUGACUUGGAACGGCUUGAUUUCUUUCGAUCUAGCUGAGAAUAAUGCGUGUAGCGAAGUUCGUAUCGAUUGGAGCAAGUUCGGAGGUCUCGAAGAUUUUUAUUUUAUUUGUAAACUCCUUUUAACUACUUUUGCCGCAAUAAAUUGUUCAACGCGUUGCGGUCGCGAGGCGGUUAUUUCGAGAAAAAAGGCCUGCUUAAUUCCAAAUAUUGCUUGCGAAGUUUCUUGAGGUCGCCGCGGUUAUAGGAUGAGUACCAAACGCUUGAACAAAAAUUAAUCGAUUUUGAACUCUGACAUGCCUCAAAACCAAAAAAAAAAUCUCGAGGGAUACGUACACACGAAACGAUACUUUCUUUUUGAUUCGGAUAAUUUUGCUGCUUUUUGGAACAAUUCUCUUUUUUCCACUGGAAACACCACCAGCGCCAUUCCCAUCGCAUUUUUUGAAACCUUUGUAAAAUAGAAUAAACUGAAUUUUCCUUCAGAAAGAGGUCUCAAAGCGAUUUCCUCCUUCGCCCUCGCCGACAAGCUCUUCAUCUUUGUGACGUCAUCUGAAAUGCUCAUCUACGACCGAGAUUCAGUUUCCCCGAUUUCCAUCGCCAAUCCCCCUCUCAAGCAAAUCUUGGCCGUCAGCCAAAGUAGUCAGCCUUAUCCUGGUCGGAAUUGGCUCGAAAUUGAAGAUAUGUGUGGAUUUUUGUAGAUAGGACUUGCUUCGAAAUGCCUUCAUCCAAAGGAAUCCAAUUCACGAUUGUGAAUGAGAGAAAAACCGGGGCCUUUCUCGAAGUCGCCAAGUCUUCGGCGGCACAGGCUUGCGAUGACAUCAGCAUGCCUCAGACCCAAUAUGAAGUGAUUCAAAAAUAUUAUAAUUAUAAUAUAAUGAAUUAAUUGCUAUAGGUGUACUUCACCAGGAAAAAUACCGAUAAGACCAAGCUCGUCCGAAGUUUUUCCGACAAAAUCCACAUUGAGAACGGCAUUCUGGACAAGGAAACUGAUUACGAUGUGACGGUGGCGUGGCUCAACCGAUAUUCGCCUCCGAGUGGAAUUUCACCGACUUUGGCUUUUCGAACAGGGUACGGUUAUUUUCUUAACCAUUUGAACAAAAAGCUUAUGGCGCAUCCAAUGAAUAAAAAUAAUGUGGAUAUAAAUUUUUGUAAAAUCUUUCUUUAAGCGAUCGAAAAUACUCAGAAAGUAUGACUUUUUUGUGUGCACUUUCGGUCCGCGGAUAACUUUAGCCGAUCACUCAAGAGAUCUUUCUUUUCUUUUACAUUUUUAAUUUAUUAAUUUCUAGCUUCUUUAUGAUUUUUUUAUUUCACACCGGAAUAUAUCUUCUUAUAUGUGAAAAGGUGCCAUUUCAGCGGAAUCAUUUUUUUCUCUGUUUUUUUUUUUCCAUGAAGUUUAAUAUGACGGAAGAAUCUUUCCAGCGUCUUCAUGUUAAUUUUUUUUUUUUUGAUUCACAGUAAUUGUGGCUAAAAAUAGAAGAAGCUGCAGAUUUGGCUAUCCUUCUUCUCCGAGGGAACCGCGAGCGAUUUCUGUUUCCCCUGACACCGUCUACUUGUACUGGCACCUCCCGGAAACCUUGAAUGCCCCCAUCACGGAGAUCAAAUACAAAAUCAGCCAACAGGCGGCCGGAUUGACGUCGCCAACUUCAGUCGCCGUGAUUCCCUUGGCGGAGACAUCGCCGUCUUCUAACGCGACUUCUGACUUGGCUUCUUGUUUAGUCAGCCCAUGUAGAGUCAAGAUUGCGAAUUUGAGGCCUUCGAAUGAGUACAAGUUUUGGGUUAGAAGGAAGUCUCAUUGAUAAUGUUCAAUGAUGUUUUUAGAUCACAGCCUUUCACAUUUCUCAUCUAAACGCGACAUUUUUGCAAGACGACGAUGCUGUUUCGCCUGAAGUGGGUCUUUUUUUUUUGGAUUAAUGAGGGACUCACUUUCCGAUAUUACGUUCUGAAUCUUAAAAAGAAACUUUUAUUUUCGAAAAAGUUGUAAAAAAAAAGUGCUCGAUUAUGAAUAUUUCAAGGCGGUCGCUCACACGCUCGACAUUCCCGGCACCUUGAGGCCUGACAAUAUCACUGGCUCUUCUUUGCUUCUGCGCUGGAAUGGACUUCAGCCAGAACUACCGCCCUCAACUUUGUCUGUUCAGUAUAAGGAAGUAUUGAUAAAUGAUCCUUAACUAUGUUGACCAUGAUAUUGUUCAGAGUGGCGAUUUUAAUGAUUGGAGAGCUCCGUCGAACGCAACCUUCGAUCCGACUCUCUCGACUGUUUUAGGUCUGUUAUAAUGAUUUUUUGGCUUAGAGAAGUAGAAAAUCGAUACAAGAUCAAAUGAAAAAAAAAAUCGGUUAUCUCUCUUGUUCCUACAGUUGUUGGAAUAGCCUAUGUUUCAUGCAUUUUUCUUCUUUAUCCACAUCAAUAAUUCCUCUUCAGUACUCAUAAACAACCUUUUGUCUGCAACUUCUUACGAUUAUCGAUUCGUCGCCGCCUAUACGGGUACCUACAUUGUCGAUGGAAAAGUUCUGGCCUACCGAGAGGAAUAUUUCCAAGGCGUUCAGCAGAUAAGGACUAAAGGUGGCUUUUCCUACUCUUUCUGUGGCCUUUUUUGCGCAUUGUACAUGCUCAUAAUUUACUUUCAGUAGCGUAGAAAAUUCAGUGCAAAACACAUAUUUUAAGCUCUUUCAACUGUUAAACAAAAAUAUGUUCUUAGGAUCUUCAGAGUGGUCCCUAUAGAUGCAACCUUAGCUGCUCAGUCAUCAACCCCUAUAGAGGCCAUUAAAGCUUGCAAAAUUGGUCCCUGUAGGGUUUCAGUUAGUAUCCCCUGUAGGGGACAUCCUGUUCGAUACCUUUUAUGAUCUCUAUGCGAAGAAGCAUUUCCAUGCGAAAAACUAGAAAAAAGGUCUCUGACUGAAAUUGAAAGACCCCUAUGGGGACCACCUUGAUUUUAUCUUUAUAUGGACCACUUUUUAGGUCCCUAACCCCUAUUGGAAUCGCUCUAAAACUCCUAAAUUAGUAUAAAAGUGCUCAACAACAACAACAACAACAAAAGUCUGUUUUUGUGGGUCAAUAGAAAAGCCAAUCUUUAUUUCUUCAUUUUAUUUCCAAUGUGCUUGUUCAUGGAAUUUCGACCUCCUUUGGAAACUCAACAAGUUUAAAUAUUUUAGCCGGCGUUCCAACAGCGCCAGUGAGCGUGGAGAGCAGAAUGGACGAAGAAGGUUGGAUCGUGGCCUGGAAAAUUCCGCUCAGUGAUGGCGGAUCGCCCAUAACGAGUUAUGCUGUCGAAGUUUGUAUCAUUUCGUUCAAAUUGACUGAAACCUCUGAAAAAAAAUCUACAUAUUUUUCAGAUGAGACUGAACAACACGGCCGAGUGGGAAAUCGCGGAAAGAGGGCUCGACGGCUGGAAAUUGUGGUGGCGGCCGGCCAAAACGGACAAUCCUCAAAUUGAUGUCGAUUCCAAUCAUUCUAUCCUCAAAAAUUUUCCGUUUCAGUGGGAAUUCCGAGUCCGAGCUGCGAAUGUGGAAGGUUUCGGCGCCUACGCGUAUUCUGAAGCUCAUCGAGGUGAUUUUCAAUAUUAAAAUAGAAAAUUGAGCCUGAAAAUUGAGUCAAUAAACAUAGUCACGAAUUUCAAAUUUCCGAGCUUCGCCACAGCGGGACAGUCACAUACGUAAUGCCGAAUUUAGAAGUUGAAAUUUUCAGAUUUUCUCAUUUUGUUUAAAGUUUGAAACUUCAACCUUUUUUCUGAACUUUCUUUUACUAAAGGGCAGAGAUAGACCAAUCAGAUUGAAAUUAGAGUUUUCCUUUUAAAGACGAACUCAUUUUCCUAAAAACUUCCAAGAACAUUUUUUUCAAACAAAUGCGUUUUUAGAAGAAGCAGUUGAAAGUUCUGACGGAAUCCUUCUUUACGUCCUCAUCGCUUGCACCAUUUUGUUGAUUUGCGCCUUGGUCUUCUUGAUUUGCUUCAUCCGUCAGUUUUAGAUGAUGUUAUAAAGAUGAAGCUCCAUGGAAUUUUCCAGGUCGAACCAGAAGAGCCGCCAAGGAGAAGGAGAGAGAAGCAGAAGACGAGAGAAAUUGCAUCAAUUUGGAGCAAAUGACGUCAUUACCGCCUUCCGAAAUGCAUCCAUUACCACCGGAGAUCAGCAACGAAUUGAAAAGUUUGAAUAUACAUUUCAAGUGAUCCCUUAAGUGUCAUGAAAAUUCCUCAAAUGGUCGCUUGCCGAAAUUUCGCAUCAAAACAUUUUUAAAAUUAUUCCAUGAAUUUCUGUAUGGUUUCGGAGUUUGCAAUUCAUUUGAAAAACUUCUCUGAGGGAUCCUUUUAGGGAUUUCCAUACUUUCAGAAAUUUUAUUUUUCACUUAUACAGGUUUUUCCGUUGAAACGGGAUGAAAAAAAUUAAUUAUUUUUUUAUAAUCUUUUUUUCCUUUUUUUCACAAUCUCACCAAAAAAAUUCCAUUAAAAAAAUGAAACUGUACAUGUUUCAUUUUUAGACGUUUCUCGACUUUUUCAGUUUUUUUAUUUUUCUUUUUCAAUUUAUGUUGGUUUGAGAACUUCAGACCUGCCUCACAUGACGAAGGCGGAUCUGCAAAUUUCGAGGCUCAUCGACGAUGGAACUUAUGGAGAAGUUUUUGAAGGAGUCGCCCUGAAAGUUCCGAUGACUGGCAAAAGAAUGGUGAAAGUGGCCAUCAAGGUGAAAAAUAAGAGAUCAUUUUGAAUAUAUGACGACUUCCAGACACUUCGCAGCGAAUCUUCCUCGUUUGAACGGAUGACCCUCAUCAAGGAGGCGAUUUUGUUGAAGUUUUGAAAAAUCUUCAGGGUUUUUAAAAAGCGAAAUUAUAGCAAUAUUGAUCACCCGAAUAUCAUCAAGCAACUGGGCGUUUGUAUGGAGCUCGGCGGAGAAUUUAUCAUUUUGGAGCUGUUGGAGGGCGGGGAUCUUCUCAGCUUCUUGAGAUCUUCGUGAGUUUUAUCUCGGGAAUUGGGAGCUGUUUUUCCAAUCCUUCAUAAGAAAUGUAGAGAAAAAAAAGAUAACGAAGAUUCUGGUGAUUCAGAGAUAAUUUGGAGUUUCGCGAAAUUACUUUGAGUGCGGCAUAACCAAGGCCAGCUAUGAUUUUAAAAAAGUUUUUUAAUUGAAGAACCUACCUGGUGAGUCUGCCAAGCUUCAAUGUUUCAGGGUCCCAACCGAAUCUCAAGCCUCCGAACUCAGUCUCCGAGACUUGUUGGCCAUGUCGACAGACAUCGCCCGUGGAAUGUCCUACCUUGAAACCCUACCAUUGAUUCACCGAGAUCUUUCCGCCAAAAACUGCCUCAUCAACUCUAGAUCUUCCUCUAUCCGUGUUACGAAAUUAGGUUUCCAAAAAUCCAUAUUUCAAGAUAAUAUGCCUAUUCUUUCAUGUAGAACUCAGCCUGGCUCGCUCUUUGAGAAACGUCGAGUUGGUUCAACAUCGCGCCGGGGAAUUCCCCCAGAUUAGGUCUUUUUGAUGGAAAAAAAAAAUUAAAGUAUGUUUUCUUGAACAGAUGGAUGGCGCCGGAAGUUUUGAAAGAACAACUUUUCUCGGCCAAAAGCGACGUUUGGGCUUUUGGGGUGAUGAAAUUUUUGAUUUUUUGUGUGUUGGAAACCGAGAAACCACAUGAGAAUGGUUCAAAAAACUUCACGGUUGCGCUGAUUUUCUGCGGCGAAAGUUGAAUUUUAAUUCAGUAUCAUAAGGUAAAAUUUCACGAAGCGAAAAUUGUUUCUUGUCGGAUCGCGACGCGUUUAGCUAUUCCAAAUGUGACCACGUUGUUCAAAGUCCUAUAAAAUCAGAAGCUCUCCACGAAAAAAAUAUUUUCAGGUCGUCCUUUUCGAAAUUUUCAGCCUUGGAAAAGUACCUUACUCGGGUAUGGACAACUCGGAGGUUUUCGAAUAUUUUUUAAAUUUAAAAAAGUAUUUAUUGUCGUUUUACAGGUUAUUACUUCGGUUCGCAAUGGCGGAACGAUGAAGAAGCCUUUAUAUUGUCCAGAAAAAUUGUAAUUUCAAUAGGUCAAAUCCAAAAAAAAAAAGUUCGUUUCAGAUUCAAGUUAAUCAAUCAGUGUUGGUCGUUUGAUACGGCGAAGAGGCCACGAUUUAGUCAAAUUUUGAAAUUUUUCGAGAGCUUACGAGAGAAGAUGGAGUUUCAGGUUUGGUUUGAUUGAAACGAUAGUAAAAAUAAGAAAUCGACGGAAAAAAUAGGUUACCUGUACAAAACUAGAGAUCCUGGAUCUUUUUUUCGAAAAUUUUAAAGGGCUAGAUUAUUCUCGUCUCAAGUAGACAUAGAAAAGUUGAUUGAAAAUUUUUUGAAACUUUUAUUCAGUCUUCAGAGUAGGUUCUCUGCUGAAUCAUGGAAUCAUUGAAGAGUUGUUUGUCGGUUCGCGAAACUGUUGUUGAUCAAGCGUAGACGGCGCGUAGAGCCUCUCGUCUCUCUUGUGAUAGUAGUAGACGAUUUUCGAACGUUUCCGACGAUCACUGCUUCUCCAUGUAGGAACAGUACGGCGCCCAGCUUGUCCAGGGCUGACGGGCGUCGGAUUGAAUCUCGGACGAGAGCGGAAAUGAAGACCGACCACUCGGGUGGUAGAAAUGAGAUAAAAGUUGAUUGAAAAUCAGAAAAUUUCGGAAAAUAUGGUUCAGAAGUCGACUUUCUGAAGAGUUUUAUUUUAUAUAUUUUUUGUUUCGGACUUUAUUACACGUUUUUCUAUUUUCAUUCGUUUUUUUGAAAGAAGAAAGAGUCUUUCGCUUUUUAUCACGAAAUUCCCGAAACGAAGCAUUUUUGUGUAAGCUUAGAUCUUGCCGCGUCUUCAAACAAUACAGAAAGUUGAUUUGUGGAAUUGUAAUGAGCAUUUAGGAGGACGAGCCAUUCCAAUCGGUUGAAGGUCAUUAUAAUACUAUUUUCGAAACUUCGCAUGAUUCAACGAUGAGCGAGAAUCUCGAUUUGCAAAAGGACAACUCUUCGAAUUGUUAUAACCGGUCUUUCGGCGGUUUCGAGAAGAAUUCCGAUGGUAUUUCAAUAGAAAAUCAACAAUUUCUUAUCGAGAUCAUUUUCAGAUCCAGACCGUCAAAUCGCGUUACCCACUCGAAAGUCGGCGAGCAAACCUUCGAUAAUUAGAUCAUUGAGGAAAGAAAAAUCUAAACCCAGAACUUUGGUAAUUUUCGGAAGAUAAUGAAAUCCGAAAAUUCAAACUUCAGCCGACAAUGGAAGAGUUGGACGUGCGAGCGCACAGCCUGCCGCGUCCCUUAAGUGUCCACUCGGCGGACACACUUUCGACGGAUUACGGUAGAGUUUUUAUUGUGUAAAAUAUUGAUGAACAGGUAUCUUUUUACCUGAAAAAGAUUAACUGGAUUCUGUUAACAACAAACCUCAAGUGUCGCAAGUGAAACUUGCCUUUCUAAGAUCACAAUUGCGUUCUGUACUUGAAAAAUCCUACAUUUUUGCGCUGUAUUGUACUUUUGAGAAUAUGUCUUUCCAGCCGCUUCUUCUUCACCCCUCCACUCGCCGACCUUCAACGUCCAACAUAACCAUCGACAACCACAGUCUUUCAACUUAGCUCAUAGUAUUUCGAGUCCCAACGCUGCCUACGAAAUGCCCAAAAGUCGGUUCAGCGCCGCCGCCGUUCAGGGUAUCGACAACGACGGCUAUGAAACUACCAGUUUGAAUUUCGCUUUAAUCCUAGCAAAAGAGAAAAUUUCAAGGCGGUUCAAUCAAUCUGAGCAAGAGCUGGACUGGCGAAUCUUCCUCGGCGCCUCAGAAUUCCCAUCCUUCCAAUCUUUUAUCUUUGCAUGCAAAUUCGCCAAACUCUAGAGGAUGUGAGUCGGAAAGUUCCUUGAAAAAGAGAAACAAGAGAAAUUUAGUGAUACAAAACGUGUCGGCGUCGAGAAGAGGCCGGCCAACGUCUUCCGCCGCUUCUGGCGCCUCUGCCAACUCUUACGAAAAUUCCAGAAGAAGUCGAGUCAGCCAAGUUUGAUUGGCUUUUUCAUGAUAAACACAUGACAUUUUUGAUUGGCGGAAACAAUGAAAAAGUGGAAAAAGAUAUCCAAAAGUGGUCUUCUUACGCUGUCUUAGUAGCCGGGUUAGUUUAAUAAAAGAAAGACUUUUUACUGAAGUCAAUCGGGUUGAAAGAAAAACUUAUGGGACUAGCACGCAAAGUAACUCUCAGGUAGACUUGAGACUCAAAGGGUUCUCAUAAGAAGUAAAGAUUCAUCCAGAGAGAGAACAAUAACAACGAAAAGUCUUCAUUUUUUGCAAAUUUAGGGUGGAAGAGAAAAAAUUUGAACCAUUUCAAACGUAGUUUUUUUUCAGUUCAUUUUUUAAUAACAAAGCUACUUCUCUUUGACUGCCUAGUAAUGUUUGGAAACAAAGAACGGCUUCCGCCAUCUUUAUCCCAGCGGCAACCAAAUACCGUUUGGCGGCACUCCAAAGGCCUGGGUCACCUGGGUGUUAACACUGUCCCUCCUCCUUUUUUCUCCGUGUUGCAAUCGGCUGCCGUUCUCAGGCUCAAGCGGAACGGUAAGCAAACAGCCUGACUUUGGUUGGUGGGAGUAAUGGUGAGUAGGGGUGGCGGCUUCUGGAGUACUGCUGGAGAUGAUUUUCUAAUAGAAUUCAGCAGAAUUUUCACAAAGGCGGAUUUUUGCAAACUCCAAAGAAAUCGAAUUUUGAACUUUUUCAAUUUACAUUACUUGUCAUAAUAAAUAAACUCAUUAGGCGGAAGAUUGGAAUCUUUUUGCAAAUUGACUCAUGUAAUUUUCAUUAUAUCUCACUUUUAGUUUAGGAUUACCUAUUCUAAUUGGCAGAAGAAGCUAAAAGUUUUGCGGUCAAAUCUCCAUCCAGGUACGGUAAAUUCCCAGCCAAUAUUUGCGCUGGAGCGCGGCAGACCACCAACCACAUAAUCGCUGGUUCAAACAUUGAGGUAAACGGCUGGGCUGCUGACCAUCCGUUUUACCUCAAAAAAAUACUUUCUUUAAAAAGUAGAUUCGAUCUUGAAUUAGGGAACUUCAAAGAGAAAAAGUUUUUAUAAUCAACAAACCGCAUAGAAUUUAAAUCGACUGAAUUUUGGGCAAAUUUUGAAGAGUUUUUGAUGUUUUAAAGUUGAAAGUAUAACAUAGAGAGAAAGGCCACAAACUAGCGGAAACGAGAGAUCAAUGGCAAAAGAAGAUAGUCCAGGAAAAAAGGUUUUCUCUCUUUCUCUAGCAUCUCUUCAGGAUGGCGUCGAUCUUUCACUAUUCCACAUAUCUCGUUAAUAAAUCUAUUAUCACAUGCAGACCAAUGACAGUAAUGAGAAAGGAAUUGAAUCUACCAUGAUCUAGCUUGAGCGAGAGAUCAACAGAGACUUGAAGAGACGCCAGAGAAACCAGAGUGUCUCUCUUUCUUUGGCGUCUCUCCGAACCGCCGCAUUCUCUAGUUUUUUCUAGUUUUACUAGGGUUCUUAUUCGAAAUUUUCCCUUGAACAAAAAUUGAGCAGAUCAAGCCAUUUAAGGAUAAAUAUGGGCGCCACUGUAGAUUUUCUCGGUUUGCGCAAAAGCUUAACCGUUUUGGCAAACCAAAAGGGGGCGGAGGAGAGAUAAUUGUAUUGAUACGGUAGUCAAAGUGACUGGAGGAGCUCUUGAGAGCCUCAGAUCGGCACCUUUUCGAGACAUGGAUCAAUGCUUCUCGGAAUUGACGCCUCCGCCGGCCUGGAGCAACUCUCCCAGUGGUUCGUUAUCAUUUUUCUGAACGUCUUCGCAUUGAUAAAAAAAAAUUUUUACCUCAUCCAACUUUUAUUUGAAGUCUUUUCGAAAUUUAUACGGCUUUUAGAUCUUGAAGAUUUUUGGAACACGUUGAUCUUGAUUAGUUUUGUCAUUUUCAUUUGUUUUUUUGUUUUUCAAAUUGCAGUUUUAUUCUGUUGAAAAAAAGAAGUUUUUCUUUCAAAUAAUCCAUGCAAAGUUAAAAAAAGUUAUGCUUGAAGUUGUUCUUUCUUACAAUUAUAAAACAAUUGAUUUCUGUACAAGGAAAUGGAGAAACUUUUCAGGAAAAAAAGUUUCGUUUGACGAGUUUAUCAAGUUCCAUUCAUUUUUGAGGCAAUAUAGAUUUUAGCGAAAGAUUUCGCGUCUCUUUGCAAUUACUUGUUUUCUAAAAGUGUGAAUGAAUUUGAUUCGAGAACCUUUUAGGAAGCGAAACAUCAAAAGUCGGAGAAGUCAACCAGUUAGGCGGCGUUUUUGUCAACGGACGGCCGCUUCCGCUCAGUCUUCGUUACCGUAUCAUUGAGCUGUCUCAACACGGCGUUCGUCCUUGUUAG